AUGGUAGCUGUGUCAAUGACCAUGAUCCAAGUGUCCACAACCGCGCUGCUGCUGCGGCCCGGUGACAAGCAGUGCCUCGUUGCUCGCUCAAAGUGUUACCUUAAACUCGGAGACACGGAAAAUUCCCUGAAGGAUGCGGAAGCCUCCCUGCAAAAUGACAAAACGUUCUCCAAGGGACUUUAUCAGAAAGCCGAGACCCUCUACACCAUGGGUGACUUCGAAUUUGCACUCGUGUUUUAUCACCGAGGCUACAGACUACGUCCAGAACUGCAGAAGUUCAGGCUGGGUAUCCAGAAGUGCCAGGAGGCCAUUGUGAACUGCUUUGGAAGUCCUUCCUCAGUUAAACUGGAGAAUAAUGAGGACAUCUGCUUUCUAAGCAGGCAGGCAGAGAGCAGAAAAGCCCAGCAGAAGCUCCAAAUCAAACUGACCAAGGACCAAAAGCGGAUGAGCAAACCGGAACGUGUGAGGAAUCCGCAAACGGAGCGACAGCUUCUUGGAGAGCUUUAUGCUGACAAGGCCUUCCUAGAAAAGCUGCUCAAGGAUGAAGACUUGAUGAAGAGCAGCACCAAGCAGGGCAUGAAAGUAAAGGACCUGGUUCUGGGUGGCAUUACCUACCUGAACACACGCACCGAAUUCUGGCAGCAGCAGAAACCUAUUUACGCCCGGGUGAGGGAGCGCAAGCUCAGGCAGCAAAGGUGGAUCCGAGACAAGAAGCGAAAACCAGAUGAAGUUGCCAGAUACAUUGUGAAGAGCAUGGAAGACAUUGAUAUGUUGCUGGCGGGCGGCUCCCCAGAGGAAAGCUUGAAGAAAGCUGAGCACGUGCUGAAGACAAUACAAGGGUGGACAGACGAGGAGGUGCCCAACAGGAGUGAACUGGUUGGGAACCUCCACAACUGCAUGGGGAACGCCCAGAUGGAGAUGGGCCGCAUGGAUGCAGCUCUGCAAAGCCACCAAACAGAUCUGGAGCUUGCCAGGCAGAACAAUUUGCCAGAGGCCAUAUCCAGAGCCCUUGAUAACAUUGGCAGAGUUUAUGCCAGAAUCGGCAAAUUCCAGCAAGCUAUCGACACUUGGGAGGAGAAGAUUCCAAUGGCAAAAUCCAGCCUGGAGAAGACCUGGUUGUUCCACGAAAUUGGCCAGUGUUACCUGGAACUGAACCAAGCUGAGGAAGCCCGGAGCUAUGGACAGAAGUCCUUGCAGUCUGCGGAUGAGGAGGGCGAUGUCGAGUGGCAGCUCAAUGCGAGCGUGCUGGUGGCACAAGCACAAGUAAAAUUAAAGGAUUACCAGGCUGCAAUCAUCAACUUUGAAAAAGCACUUGAGAAGGCAAAGCUCAUCCACAACGAUGAUGCUCAACAGGCCAUCAUUAUUGCCUUAAAUGACGUGAGCAAAAGCUUCAUCAAAGAUCUGAAAGCAGCAGAAAAAGAAACGACAGCUGGCAGGUUAAAAAAAAAAAGAAAUUGCAAUUGUAUCAAACUUGAUUGA